AACAGUGGCAUCCUACUGGAGGAGACAGAAAAGCGCAAAUCCGCCGCACAAUGCUGUUUCUGUUAAUUAUCGCGGGCCUCGGGGUGGUGACGUUACUGCUGUUUUCAUUUGCGCCACAUAUAAGAAGAUACGCAGCAGGAGGAGUGUGCUUGUCCACAGCUCGUCUGGAUGGGAAGACCGUCGUCAUCACCGGAGCCAACACGGGGAUCGGGAAGGAGACUGCCCGGGACUUGGCGAUGCGAGGGGCUCGGGUGAUUAUGGCUUGCAGAGAUGUGGAAAAGGCCGAGGAGGCUGCGGCCAGUAUACGAGCUGCCUACCCCAAAGCGCAAGUGGAGGUUCGGGAGCUGGAUUUGGCAGAUACCUGCUCUAUACGUGCCUUUGCGCAGAAAUUCCUGAGAGAAGUCAACCAACUUCAUAUCCUUAUCAACAAUGCUGGGGUGAUGAUGUGCCCUUACACAAAAACUGUUGAUGGUUUUGAGAUGCAUAUUGGAGUCAAUCACUUGGGUCACUUCCUGUUGACGUCCCUCCUGAUUGGGCUGCUGAAACGAAGUUCACCGGCCCGAAUCAUCGUGGUCUCCUCACUGGCACACAACUUUGGCUGGGUCCGUUUCCACGACCUUCACAGCCAGGGCAGCUACAACAGCGGAUUAGCAUACUGCCAGAGCAAACUGGCAAAUGUGCUCUUUGCCAGAGAGUUGGCUCGUAGACUCAAAGGUACCAACGUGACAGUAAAUUCAGUCCAUCCAGGGACGGUGAACUCUGACCUGACCAGACACUCGACUCUCAUGAUGAUAUUCAUGACAGUCUUCUCCAUGUUCAUAAAAACCCCACGGGAAGGAGCACAGACCAGCAUCUACUGUGCUGUAGCCGAGGAGCUGGACUCCGUCACCGGGAAACACUUCAGUGACUGCGCCCCUGCCUUUGUAGCCCCACAGGGAAGAAGUGAGGAGACAGCGAGGAGACUGUGGGACAUCAGCUGUGAGCUUCUUGGUAUUGAGUGGGACUGAUUUAACUUUUAACCCUCACCUAUCUCAGUUUUCGAAGGAGUCCUUACCCUUUCUGUUAUCAUUCAUUUCAUUAUGGUUUUGAUGUUCUGUACUUUGAAUGAUUCUUACCUAAUAGGCAGGCAGGUUAAUUAUGUAAGACGUACCAUAAUGUGAAGUUGCUUUUUUGUGUAAUAAUGCAGUAAUUACAUUAUAAUGACUUGGGAAUUUUGAUGCUCAGCUCAACAGCUCCUCAAGCCAAAACCACUCAGCUGUAUUAUCAUCUAAACACAAACAACUUUUGGACCCUAUAUUUUUGUGACACAAUGUGACAACAGUUUAGGCAAAAAAGCAACUUGAUGUAUUGUAAUGCUGUAGGAUACUGUGAAGGGUCAAGCCAGGGUAAAAGACCAGCAUUUUUUCGAGUAUUGUGUUAUUUUGAUUUCUCCAGAAUUUGCAGCUAAACUGCUUGACCUCCAUGCCAGCAUUUCUAAACAAUUGCAGGGUUUCUUACAGCAUUUCCAGGUUAAUCUAAAAAAAAAAAAAAAAUUAGUAAACUAUGGAAGAUCAGUGUCAGUCUGAGCCAUGAUUACCGC